AUGCCUUCUCGAAAGGUUGCUAAGACGCUGUCGCUUACCCCGUCCGCUACCUUAGCGCAGUUGCUGACCUCUUCUGCCACUAAUCCGGUUACGGCGCCUCCUGCUUCUCCGCAGCCGCCUUCCUCGUCAUCUCCACCUCACUACCGGACCCGGAGCUAUACUCGCUCCCUUUUUCCCAAAUUGCUGUCAUCCACCAAGGGGGGUAGACAACAUGAUCACCUCCUUAAAUUUCCAGCCCGACUGCAACAAGUGUCAGUUGCCCAGUCUAACAAAUCUAAAAAGUCGAAAAAGCGUUCUCAUGAUGAAGUCCUAAUGGUUCUAAGGACUGACAUGGUGGAUACACCUGGUCACAAGGAAGAAAUUCCUAGUACUACUUCAGUCUUACAUGCUGCGACUGUGUAUGCUGAAAACCAUCUCAAUAACCUGAGACCUAUUCCUAACUCCUAUUCUGAAGCCAUGAGAGCUGCAGACAAACAGAAUUGGUUAGAAGCUUGCAACCUGGAAAUGCAAGCACAUCACGAAAAUGGCACAUUUACUCUUGUCCCUUUACCACCAAACGUAAAGCCCAUAGGCUGUCGAUGGGUUUUCAAUAUCAAGGACAAAGGCCUCUACAAGGCCAGACUAGUUGCCAAAGGCUAUACACAGAAAGAAGGAAUUGACUACGAAGAAACCUUCUCUCCUGUGAUUAAGCAUACUAGUCUACGUCUACUCCUAGCCAUUGCUGGUAGACUCAAAAUGCAUGUACAUCAAAUGGAUGUUAAAACCGCGUUCUUAAACGGUGACCUCAAGGAAGAUUUAUACAUGAGACAACCUCCCGGUUACAAAGCUGUUUCCAAGAAUAGUGAAGAUAAGACCACUGAAUAUGUUCUCAAGUUGAACAAGUCAAUCUAUGGAUUGAAACAAGCUCCCUUAGUCUGGAAUCAGACUAUAAACAAAACUCUUGUGUCACUUGGCUUUAAGAAAACUAUCCAUGAACCAUGCAUAUACUAUAAGUUUGAUAAUAAAGAUCAAACUUUAGUCGCACUUUAUGUUGAUGAUAUGUUAAUCGCUGGUACAAACCUUGCAAAGAUAAAUCAACUCAAAAUUCACUUAGGUCAAGUCUAUCAAAUGAAAGACCUUGGUGUUGCUACGAAAUUCAUUGGUAUGAACUUGGAGAUAUCAUCCACUGGAAUUCAAGUCUGCAUGAAAGAUUAUAUUCGAAAUCUCCUUGCAGAAUACAACAUGACUGAUUGUAAUCCAGUCAAAACACCUGCGAAUAAAACUAACCUUGACGACUUACCUGACAGCACAGAUCUACCAUGUGAUGAAAAUGAAUAUAGAUCCAUUGUUGGAAAAUUACUCUAUGCUGCAAACACAGUUCGAUACGACAUAAAUUACAUCGUUCUGAAAUUAUCACGCUACUUUGCAUCACCUAAAGUGAAACACAUGGAUGCUGCCAAACGUGUUCUCAGAUACCUAAAAGGCACCCCAACAUUUGGCUUACGCUAUACAUCAUAUGCACCAAAUGAGCUCUUUAGUUACUCAGAUGCUAACCUAGCCUCUGAAGCAGAUACAAAAAGUCGUUCAACCACAGGUUCAGUUGUUCUAUAUGGUGGAUCCCCAGUUAGUUGGAGAUCAAAGCUACAAACACUUGUGGCUCUCUCUACAGCAAAUUCCGAACUUGUUGCCUUAUGUUACACAACACAAGAAAGUGUCUGGUUAUUAAACCUUUUAAAAGACAUGAAUAUAAAUUGCAACGCAAGUCUCUUCUGUGACAACCAGCCAGCCAUUAAAACUGUGCAGCUGGAUGCAUUAUUAGAAGGAACUAAACACAUAAGAAUUAAAGUUGAUUUUGUUAAACAACAACUUCAAUGCACUGUCUUGCUGCUUCAAUACGUUCCUACAAAAUUGAACUGCGCAGACAUGUUUACAAAGGCGAUAACAGAUCCUCUUUUCUCGAACCUACGUCAAAGAUGUGCAUCUGGUCUAAGCCCAAUUGAUCUUUUGUGA